CCAUACUCCUCUUCAGACUCCUUGACUAACAUUGUGCUCCUUAUACCUCACAGCAAGCAUUAGGUUUUGAGAAGAUGGAGGCCAUGAUGAAGAAACCCAAACUGUUUUUUAUGACAACCAAAACGAGAAGUAACAAAAUACAAGCAUAAGAGUUAAACACCCUAACCUAACAUUAAAAGCACCACAACAUUACAAUUAAAACGUACUUUAAUGCCUUUAAGUGUAUAUGUAUGAAUGUCUUCCCAAGAAAAAUGUGAAAACUAAACAUCAUUCCGCCUGCCUAAAAUGUCAUCAGCCGCUACUGCAGUGCACUUCACUAAUAAUGGCCUUGCAUGUUGAUGUCUUCUCCUAUAAUGCCUGAUGAGACAUGGUAAGUUAUUAAUUAUUACUCUAUACAGACCUUCUCCAAAUCUUUCAAAUUCUCAUGGAAUCUUCUCUUCAAUUCACCCCACAGGUCUACAGAGUUCUUUUCGGGAGUGGUUCAGUUAAUAUGUAUGGCAUACCAAACCCACCCCUGGAAUUUGCUGCCAAGAUAUCUCUAUUUGGGUUUCAUACAAUUAUAGAACUUAAUCCUAUUUAAAGAAAGAAGUGCCUGAACAGCACCUAAUGAGAAAAACAAACCCGUGAUCAGUAUCGGACCUCGCCCUGAAGAUCGCCCGGUUACGAUCAGCACCGCGGCCAGCGCACCUUUUGAGUCUCCUGCAGCGGGAAUAAUAGAGGAAGUUUGUCCAGAUGAGAUGGCUGUGAUGCCACCGAAGGUGGAAGAUCUCUGUGAGGAGAGGGAGUCAGAGACUUCCACCAUUAACGAGCCAUCAUCUGUGGCAGUUGACUCUCUUACUGAAGGGAAUUCCUCUGUUGCGGAGACGCUCGAGGGGUGUAUUGUGCACCAGGUGGUCAGUGUCCUGCCCUCAGCAUGUGAGCCUCUUAUUUUCGAGGUGGCUCAUGCUGAAAAUGAGAAAAAGGUCUCUUCAGAGCCACCAGCUCUCUCUGGGGCUUCUCCACAGAGCCAGGAAUCGGAGGCCACAAAGGAAUCCAGCCAUCAGGAGGUUUCUCACCUGUCUGAAGAGCUCGCUACCAAGGCGGACCCUGACGACACGGUCGAAAUGACGGUUGAUUCCCAGGAGGAUAGUGAACCUUCUGUGGUCCCAGAACCACAAGCACCCUCUUCUCCACCAGCAGAACCUGUCUGCGCACAUGAGGAGGCUGUCGUGGGCAUGAAGACUGCUCUGAUUCAGAACAGGGUGGACAUAAUCCGAGUGUCUGGUGCACGUGUGUCUGCACUCUUCGGAUUUGAGGUUGGGAUGAAUCUGGUGCAUUUCCCCCAAACCUCAGAGGAGGCCUGCAAACUUGUGAGGCAGGCAAUGUUUGUGAAGAUGAUGAAUCUCCACCAGAAACAGGAUUGGGGGAAAAAGUUGGACAACCUCCACAGUUUCAUCAGGAGGUUUCCCUCCCUAUUUUUCAUCAGGGAGCCUGCAGGGCACAUCGUCACCUCACCUGCUCCUAUGGCUGCUCUACAAUAUGAGGAGCCUAUAGUGCCGGUCCUCCCCUUACCUGCUUCGGACCACGAGGAACCUAUAGUGCCGGUCCUCCCCUUACCUGCUCCGGACCAUGAGGAACCUAUAGUGCCGGUCCUCCCCUUACCUGCUCCAGACCAUGAUGAGCCUAUAGUGCUGGUCCCACCUUUACCUGCUCCUACUUCUGCUCUGGACCAUGAGGUGCCUAUUGUGCCGGUCCUCCCAUUACCUGCUACGGACCAUGAGGAGCCUAUAGUGCCGGUCCUCCGCUUACCUGUUCCGGACCAUAAGGAGCACAUAGUGCCGGUCUCUCCUUUACCUGCUCCUACUUCUGCUCCGGACCAUGAGGAUCCUGCAGUUCAGGUCCUGCCCUCACCUGCACCUGUGGCUGCUGUGAAUCAAGUGCCAGUCCUCCCCUUACCUGCUGUUACAACUCUGGACCACAAGGAUCCUACAGUCCAGGUCGUCCCCUUACCUGCUCUGUACCAUGAGGAGCCUUUAGUGCCUGUCUUCCCCUUACCUGCUUCUACUUCUGCUCUGGACGAUGAGGAGCCUAUAAUGCCGGUCCUCCCCUUACCUGCCCCUACUUCUGCCCUGACCCAUGAGGAGCCUAUUUUGCCGGUCCUCACCUUACCUGCUCCUACUUCUCACCUGGACCAUGAAAGGCCUAUAAAGCAGGUCCUUCUUCUCCCUCCAGCCCUCCCUGUGGCUCCUUAUGCAGUCUGGGCACAGAAGGAGGCUGUCAUGGGCACGGAGACUGAUUUGAUCCAGAACCGGGUGAAGGUGUUGGUUCACAAAUUAAUUCGAGUGUCUGGUGCACGUGUGUCUGCAGCCUUCCGGUAUAAGGUUGGGAUGAAACUAGUGCAGUUCGCCCAAACCUCAGAGGAGGCCUGCAAACUUGUGAGGCAGGCAAUGUUUGUGAAGAUGAUGAAUCUCCACCAGAAACAGGAUUGGGGGAAAAAGUUUGACAACCUCCACAGGUUCAUCAGGAGGUUUCCCUCCAUAUUCUUCAUCAUUGAACCCCAUCAUAUUUUAUACGGUAUUGAGGAUCACGAGAACCCUCUACUGGAUGUUCUUCCUCCACCUGCUCAGCUUGUGGCUCCCAUGGAGGACUAUCCAAUAGAAGAUCUAUUGGUACCUGAUACUUUGGACCCUUCAAGAAAUGCGGCUGCUCUGGAACACGAGGAGCCUGCAGGGCACAUUCUCCGCUCACCUGCUCCUACUUCUGCUUGGGACUAUGAGGAGCCUAUAUUGCCAGUCCUCCCGUUACCUGUUCCGGACCAUGAGGAGCCUAUAGUGCCGCUCCUCCCCUUACCUGCUCCUACUACUCCCCUGGACAAUGAGGAACCUAUUGUGCCGGUCCUCCCCUUACCUGCUUCUACUUCUGCUCUGGACGAUGAGGAGCCUAUAGUGCCGGUACCCCCCUUACCUGCUCCUACUUCUGUUCUGGACCAUGAGGAGCCUAUGGUGCCGGUCCUCCCCUUACCUGCUCCUAAUUCUGCUCUGGACCAUGAGGAGCCUAUAGUGCCGGUCUCCCCCUUACCUGCUUAUACUUCUGCUCUGGACGAUGAGGAGCCUAUAAUGCCGGUCCUCCCCUUACCUGCUCCUAAUUCUGCUCUGGACCAUGAGGAGCCUAUAGUGCCGGUCUCCCCCUUACCUGCUUAUACUUCUGCUCUGGACGAUGAGGAGCCUAUAAUGCCGGUCCUCCCCUUACCUGCUCCUAAUUCUGCUCUGGACCAUGAGGAGCCUAUAGUGCCGGUCUCCCCCUUACCUGCUUAUACUUCUGCUCUGGACGAUGAGGAGCCUAUAAUGCCGGUCCUCCCCUUACCUGUUCCUACUUCUGCCCUGGCCCAUGAGGAGCCUAUAUUGCCGGUCCUCCCCUUACCUGUUCCUACUUCUGCCCUGGCCCAUGAAAGGCCUGUAAUGCGAGUCCUUCCUCCCCCUCCUGCCCUUCCUGUGGCUCCUCAUGCAGUCUGCGCACAGAAGGAGGCUGUCAUGGGCACGGAGACUGAUUUGAUCCAGAACCGGGUGGACGUGUUGGUUCACGAUUUAAUCCGAGUGUCUGGUGCUCGUGUGUCUGCAGCCUUCCGGUGUAAGGUUGGGAUGAAACUAGUGCAGUUCGCCCAAACCUCAGAGGAUGCCUGCAAACUUGUGAGGCAGGCAAUGUUUGUGAAGAUGAUGAAUCUCCACCGGAAACAGGAUUGGGGGGAAAAGUUGGACAACCUCCAAAGGUUCAUCAGGAGGUUUCCCUCCAUAUUUUUCAUCAUUGAACCCCAUCAUAUUUUAUACGGUAUUGAGGAUCACGAGAACCCUCUACUGGAUGUUCUUACCCCACCUGCUCAGCAUGUGGCUCCCAUGGAGGACUAUCCAAUAGAAGAUCUAUUGGUACCUGAUCCUUUGGACCCUUCAGGAAAUGCGGCUGCUCUGGAACACGAGGAGCCUGCAGGGCACAUCCUCCGCUCACCUGCUCCUAUGGCUGCUCGGGACUAUGAGGAGCCUAUAUUGCCAGUCCUCCCCUUACCUGUUCCAGACCAUGAGGAGCCUAUAGUGCCGCUCCUCCCCUUACCUGCUCCUUCUACUCCCCUGGACAAUGAGGAACAUAUAGUGCCGCUCCUCCCCUUACCUGCUCCUACUACUCCCCUGGACAAUGAAGAACCUAUAGUGCUGAUCCUCCCCUUACCUGCUCCUACUACUCCCCUGGACAAUGAGGAACCUAUAGUGCCAGUCCUCCCCUUAGCUGCUUCUACUUCUGCUCUGGACGAUGAGGAGCCUAUAGUGUCGGUCUCUCCCUUACCUGCUUAUACUUCUGCUCUGGACGAUGAGGAGCCUAUAGUGUCGGUCUCCCCCUUACCUGCUCCUACUUCUGCUCUGGACCAUGUGGAGCCUAUUUUGCCAGUCCUCCCCCUACCUGCUCAUACUUCUCACCUGGACCAUGAAAGGACUAUAAUGCGAGUCCUUCCUCUCCCUCCUGCCCUUCCUGUGGCUCCUCAUGCAGUCUGCGCACAGAAGGAGGCUGUCAUGGGCACGGAGACUGAUUUGAUCCAGAACCGGGUGGACGUGUUGGUUCACGAUUUAAUCCGAGUGUCUGGUGCACGUGUUUCUGCAGCCUUCCGGUGUAAGGUUGGGAUGAAACUAGUGCAGUUCGCCCAAACCUCAGAGGAGGCCUGCAAACUUGUGAGGCAGGCAAUGUUUGUGAAGAUGAUGAAUCUCCACCGGAAACAGGAUUGGGGGAAAAAGUUGGACAACCUCCAAAGGUUCAUCAGGAGGUUUCCCUCCAUAUUUUUCAUCAUUGAACCCCAUCAUAUUUUAUACGGUAUUGAGGAUCACGAGAACCCUCUACUGGAUGUUCUUCCCCCACCUGCUCAGCAUGUGGCUCCCAUGGAGGACUAUCCAAUAGAAGAUCUAUUGGUACCUGAUCCUUUGGACCCUUCAGGAAAUGCGGCUGCUCUGGAACACGAGGAGCCUGCAGGGCACAUCCUCCGCUCACCUGCUCCUAUGGCUGCUCGGGACUAUGAGGAGCCUAUAUUGCCAGUCCUCCCCUUACCUGUUCCAGACCAUGAGGAGCCUAUAGUGCCGCUCCUCCCCUUACCUGCUCCUUCUACUCCCCUGGACAAUGAGGAACAUAUAGUGCCGCUCCUCCCCUUACCUGCUCCUACUACUCCCCUGGACAAUGAAGAACCUAUAGUGCUGAUCCUCCCCUUACCUGCUCCUACUACUCCCCUGGACAAUGAGGAACCUAUAGUGCCAGUCCUCCCCUUAGCUGCUUCUACUUCUGCUCUGGACGAUGAGGAGCCUAUAGUGUCGGUCUCUCCCUUACCUGCUUAUACUUCUGCUCUGGACCAUGUGGAGCCUAUUUUGCCAGUCCUCUCCCUACCUGCUCAUACUUCUCACCUGGACCAUGAAAGGACUAUAAUGCGAGUCCUUCCUCUCCCUCCUGCCCUUCCUGUGGCUCCUCAUGCAGUCUGCGCACAGAAGGAGGCUGUCAUGGGCACGGAGACUGAUUUGAUCCAGAACCGGGUGGACGUGUUGGUUCACGAUUUAAUCCGAGUGUCUGGUGCUCGUGUGUCUGCAGCCUUCCGAUAUAAGGUUGGGAUGAAACUAGUGCAGUUCGCCCAAACCUCAGAGGAGGCCUGCAAACUUGUGAGGCAGGCAAUGUUUGUGAAGAUGAUGAAUCUCCACCGGAAACAGGAUUGGGGGAAAAAGUUGGACAACCUCCACAGUUUCAUCAGGAGGUUUCCCUCCAUAUUCUUCAUCAUUGAACCCCAUCAUAUUUUAUACGGUAUUGAGGAUCACGAGAACCCUCUUCUGGAUGUUCUUCCCCCACCUGCUCAGCUUGUGGCUCCCAUGGAGGACUAUCCAAUAAAAAAUCGAUUGGUACCUGAUCCUGUGGACCCUAUAGGAAGUGUGGCUGCUCUGGAACAGGAGGAACCUGCAGGGCACAUCCUCCACUCACCUGCUGUUAUGGCUGCUUGGGACUAUGAGGAGCCUAUAUUGCCAAUCCUCCCAUUACCUGUUCCGGACCAUGAGGAGCCUAUAGUGCCGCUCCUCCCCUUACCUGCUCCUACUUCUGCUCUGGACCAUGAGGAGGCUAUAGUGCCGCUCCUCCCCUUACCUGCUCCUACUUCUGCUCUGGACCAUGAGGAGGCUAUAGUGCCGCUCCUCCCCUUACCUGCUCCUACUUCUGCUCUGGACCAUGAGGAGCCUAUAGUGCUGCCCCUCCCCUUACCUGCUCCUACUUCUGCUCUGGACCAUGAGGAGGCUAUAGUGCCGCUCCUCCCCUUACCUGCUCCUACUUCUGCUCUGGACCAUGAGGAGCCUAUAGUGCCGCUCCUCCCCUUACCUGCUCCUACUUCUGCUCUGGACCAUGAGGAGGCUAUAGUGCCGCUCCUCCCCUUACCUGCUCCUACUUCUGCUCUGGACCAUGAGGAGCCUAUAGUGCCGGUCCUCCCCUUACCUGCUCCUACUUCUGCUCUGGACCAUGAGGAGCCUAUAAUGCCGGUCCUCCCCUUACCUGCUUCUACUUCUGCUCUGGACCAUGAGGAGCCUAUAGUGCCGGUUCUCCCCUUACCUGCUUCUACUUCUGCUCUGGACCAUGAGGAGCCUACAUUCCAGGUCCUUACCUCACCUGCUCCUGUGGCUUCUAUGGUCCUUCUCCUUCCAGCCCUCCCUGUGGCUCCUCAUGCCCAGACUCCCUUGCACAAGCGUCGUGCAUGUGCUGCAGUGAAACAAAAAAGGUCCAGAUUGUGCUCUGCCCAACCUCAACAUUCACAUCCUCCUGUCUGGCUCUCACCAACCAAGCCAUCCAUGACUUCCUCACACAAGCGUCGUGCUCCUCAUCAACUACAGCCACAUAAUGCAGAACCAGAAGAGGAGAUGGAAGUAGAAAGCAGUUAUGUGGCUCAGAAUCCAUCUCCUCCUGUCUGGCCUCCUCAGACCUCUACAUCUUUGAACAAGCGUUUUGCUUCCUCAACCCUACAGCCACAUAAUGCAAACACAGUAGAGGAGAUGGAGGUUGAAAGCAGUUAUGUAGCUUACAAAGCCAAUGCCUCCUCAGACAUCUACAUCUUUGUGCAAGCGUUUUGCUUCUUCAACUUAUAG